AUGCGCCCCUGUACCGCCUCCUCAUGCUGCUGCCAGGCCUGUAAUCUGCCAUGGGCCCCCGUACCGACUCCUCAUGCUGCUGCCAGGCCCGUAAUCUGCCAUGGGCCCCUGUACCCGCCUCCUCAUGCUGCUGCCAGGUCCAGAGUGUGUCAUGGGUCCCUGUACGGCCUCCCAUUGCUGCUGUCUCUAUCGCCACACUCUGCCAUGUGCCACUUUCAGGUCUCCUCACACUGCUGGUGGUUUCCAUUUUUGUCAUAGGGUGCUGUAUGGCCUCCCAUUGCUGCUGCCUCCACCGCCACACUGUGGCUCCACACUCUGGUUUUGGCCCCGUGACUGCCAAAUGAGUGAAGUGUGCGGUGAUUCUAAGAUCGACGGCACUCAUCUGCAUGUCAUACUGCCUGACAGUAUUUAUUUCCCCAGCAGACUCCAAGGGCAUUUAAAUUAAAGGUACAGUGUUCACACUAAUAUUA